AUGCGCUGCUUCGGAGCCUUUGCCGCGCUCGCCACGUCGACAGCCGUGGUAUCUCAAGCUCACAGCCUCGAUAACUUCGCCUCCCCUCCGAAUAUCUACCGUCCAAAGUUUAGAUACUGGCUUCCCGAUGCCGAAGUAGAAAUUGAAGAAGUCACCCGCGACGUGGCCGAAAUAGCCUCCGUCGGCGCCGGGGGCCUCGAGUUCCUACCCUACUACCAAUUGCACUCGCCAUCGGCAAACUGGUCCACCUACGGCUACGGCGGAAAGGCGUCUCGCGCCGUUUUCCGCGCCGCGAUGGAGGCCGCUGUCGAAAAUGACAUCCUCUUUGACUUUUCCAUCGGUGCGAAUCAGGGACAGGGCGUGCCUUCGGAGCCGGGGAGCGUCGGGCUGGCGUUAGAGUUGGCAUACGUCAAUGUCACAGUCAAGCCAGGAAACUUUUACAACGGCACCCUACCCCUCUCAACCCAACCCGCAAGCCCAUCCCUCCGCCUCUUCAUGCAUCCCCUCGAAGAAUUCGGCCAGCAAAAUCUAUCCUACGUCCUCGCCGUCGAAGAAACGCCGCCAUCAAACGGGUCAUUCUCUACAAGCGGGGGCACUGCCGUCAACCUCGUCCGCGUAAUCGACAUCACAGCGCUGGUCAACCAGCCCACGAGAUCCAUCUCAUGGACACCUCCGGAAGACUCACAGAAUACCUGGCGUAUCAUGGCCUGGUAUACCCGCUACACCAACCAGCGCUCCAUCGACGCCGCGCCUGACGCCGCGACAUGGGUGCAGAACGGGUCUUGGGUCACUGAUCACUUCAGCGCCGCGGGCGCACGGAAGCUGACGGGUUUCUUUGACGAGUAUAUCAUCCCCGAGGAGAAGGACAAAGAACUCCUCGCCCGCGUAGGGAAAUACGCCUGGGAAGACAGCAUGGAAAUGGACACCGCCCUAUGGUGGACGCACAACUUCGCCCACACAUUUCGCUCACAAAGGGGCUACAAUAUCGCACCCUGUCUCCCUUUCCUCAUCCAACGUGAGAACUACUGGGCCGCGCAGAACGUCCCCUACGGCGAAUCUUUCUACUCGCAAAACACCACCCUGGCCUCACGCUGCAACGACGACUAUCGCCUCACGCUCCAACACGGCUACGAGGAAUACAUCUGCGCAACGUCGGAAUGGGCUUUCGAACGGGGGUUGGAAUAUUCGAAUCAACCAGCCUAUAACCUCCCCCUAAACAUGCUCGACUCAAUCCCAUUCGUGAACGCCCCAGAAGGCGAAUCCCUCGGGUUCGACGACUCUCCUUCCCUCUACCGCCACCUCUCCGGACCAGCCCACAUGGCCCUUAACCCAGUUAUUUCCUCUGAAGCCGGCGCCGUCAACGGCGCAUCAUACACCCAAACAAUCCCAGACCUCCUCCGCACCGUCCGCCGCGGUCUCGCGGGGGGUAUCACGAUGAACGUCUUCCACGGGUAUGCGUACUCUGGCACCUUUGCCCAUACGACCUGGCCGGGGUAUACCGUCUUCGGGUAUACAUUCACCGAUAUGUGGGGACCGAGGAUGCCGGCGUGGCGUAGCCAACACGGCGGCGACCACGGGAACGUCACCGGUUUCCUUGCUGAUACGGUGGCAUACGUCGCGAGGAAUCAGUUUGUGGCUCAACUCGGUACCGCGAGGGUAGAUCUCGCAUUCUAUCAGUACGCGGCACCGUUCGCCAAGACCGUCUACAAGAGUUAUAACCUCGAGAUGUUGGGUUUCACGUACGACUACCUCGGACCCGCAAGCUUCUCCUCUCCAAACGCCGUCGUUGGUCAAGGAGGCAUUCUCGCGCCAGAUGGUCCGGCAUACAAGGCCCUCAUCUUCGCCAACCAAACAAAGUUGACACCGGACAUGGCGGCGCAAACCAAAGCGUUCGCGGAAGCAGGGCUGCCCAUUUUCGUUGUAGGGAGCGCGGACUUCCAGAGUGUCGGUGUCAACGGGGUCAACUUCGUCCCGGAGACCAUGGCGCAAGUCCUCGAGAUGAAUGGCGUUACGGUGAUUGAGUCCCCAGAAGAGUUACCAGGUGCCCUCGCUGCCCUCGGCAUCCGGCCACGGGUCUCGUUUUCACAAGAUAGUGAGGUUGAGAAAUGGUACUCCUUCUCGCGGAGGACAGAGGACGCAGAGGUCGUCUUCCUCUACAACGACGGCGAAAACUCCAUGACACUCAACGUCAGCUUUCUUGACAUGGCUGGGACGACACCAUACGUCCUCGACGCAUGGACGGGCUCGGCGUUGCCGAUCUUGCAUUACACUCUCGAGGAAAACAACAUCGUCGUACCGGUGACACUGGCCGCGAACCAGACUACCAUCCUCGUCUUCUCCACCCAACCCUCAACCGCAGAUGACGGUCACAACCCAUCCUUAUUGCCUCGUUUGCUGGACACGCACAUAACAUCCACCUCAGGCCCCCUCGAAGCCCUCCUCUUCAUUAGCUCCCAAGAUCUCAACACCACUACGACUACCAACACCCGCGUAACAGCACACUUAUCCCCCGGCACCUCAACAAUAACCUUCGCCACCGGCCAAAUCCUAACCUUCACUGCAUCUCAGCUCCCAGAAACAACGGUCCUCGACGCAUGGAAUAUCACAGUCAUCGACUGGCGCAGCGGAAACGACUCUUUCCAUAUGGAAACCGCCAUCACACCACACCAGUUCCUCAAGCACCCACUGGCUCCCUGGAAGGACCUGGACCCCGUGAACCUGGGUAACUCGAGCGGCACGGCAGACUACGAGACCUAUUUCCGCACCCCGUCACCAUCCGUCACGGGACAGCGUCUGGGGGCCCGUCUUCACCUGGGUGCCAUCACUGACGCAACGAACCUAUGGGUGAAUGAUGUCAGGAUCAUUCUCGACGUAAACAGCUCGCCCGAUGUUGUCGUGGAUAUCACAAACUGCCUGAACCCGGCAGGCGUCGACAAUAUGGUGAAGGUAGAAGUCGCUUCAACCCUGUAUAAUCGCGUGAGGGCGGAGCAGGAUAGCAUCAUGACGUUUGGAGUUUCUGCAGCCGUCACUGGUAGCAGUUAUUUUGAGGUCAACCCGGCCAAGGAGUAUGGACUCAAGGGCCCGGUGUCAAUCCAAUGGGUCGAGGUUGUCAACGUCAUUUGA